AUGGAACUGACACCUAUCAUCGUGCGUGGCAAGAAGAGGAAGUACUUACACCCAGCAUAUGCUGCUGCCUCCAAAAGUAAACCUUUUACCAUAUCUGCACAAAACUCUUCAGCAUCCACAUCUCAACUCAAACGUCAACGGAAAACGAAAUCAGCCCGCAAGAAAAAAGAAUAUACGCCCGCCAUGCCGACGCUCCAAGGACUCCCCACAGAACUGCUGGAAAUGAUCUUUCUUUACAGCAUGAACCCAGCGCUUCCACGCUGCUCACGGGAUCUUGGCGCGAAACUCUCCUCACACGCCAUAGAGAUGAGCUUCACUAUGCAGGCCUUCUUCCAUACCGUCGAUCACCGUACCAACUAUCGGGACCGACUCGUCACCAGCGAUGCCUCACUCCAGUCCAACAUCCUGACCUGCCGUUUCUUUACCUACGACUUCUUUUUGAGAUACGUACAGCGCGCACAAGAUGCCAUGGUCAAGUUGCGCGGGAAGGCCUGGGAAGCUACUGGAGUUACGAUCCCCAGAGUGUCCUACUUCGACGGACUAUGGCCAUACAAGUUCACCAAGAUCCCUCAUCUCGCUUUUGCGCAAGGCUUUCACAUACCAGAAAAGUUGUUGCAUGGGCCAUGGACGGAGGACAAAGCAUCACUGCUUUACGUAUUGGUUAGCCUGACUGGAGAGAUCGAUUGGGAGGGUAGUAUGGCAGGUGAAGUGGCGAAAUGGGGCAUGAAAGAAGCGAUCAAGGAGGGUAAUGAGCACGCGGUGGCAGCGCUUGCCGUGCUGUUGGGUGUACAAAAAGGCAUCACUACUGAGCUACUGCAGUAUGCUGUCAUACAUUGCGGUUGCGACAUCAACAUUAUCCGCCACCUACUCUUCAACGCACAGAUCCUUGCCGAAGAGGCGUCGAGCACGUUGAAUUUCCAUGACCCUGCACUGUGGGCAUGGGCAGACGUCAACGGUCACAAGGGAGAGACGCUCAAGGCCAUGCUCAAGGAUGCGGUUGCAUUUGAUCUCGAGUUUUACUUUGAAGAUAACGCCGACUGGGGCAAAAUCGUCCCCUUCCCUUACGGUGGAAGCAAAUUUGACGCAAGGACAGCAUUCAGCGACGUGGUGAGGGAGCUGCUGAUGAACCUUUACCGAAAUUACGGAAGGAAAAUCACACGAAGGAGAGCGACGACACCAGAGCAGAGAAUCGCGGAAGAUGAUGCAGAUGUUGAUUGA